UAUCAUUGACAUGUGUGAUAAUCCUGUCACUUUUUUUAGGUGGAAAAGCUCAUUGGUGAGAAACAAUAGGACAAGAUGCUGAGUUCAUCAGGGAUAAUAGGUUCACAGGCCAUGUCUCAUCCACAGUGUAUUAAGUUGCUGACUUGAAGCGAAGAUGGGGAAUGAGCAAUCAACUCAGAAAAAACGUCCAAAGACAAAUGCUGAUAAAAAAGUGAAGAAUGGAGAACUGAAUGGACAUGCAGUCCCGACUCCAGAUGGAACUGAACUUGUGGCUAGCAAAGCAGCAGCAGUGGAGCAAAAGAGUGAACCCCCACCAGUGACCAUCACAAAUGAACCAAAGCCACCCAAAAAAGAGGAGGUAGACAGCUGUAAACUCAACGGACCCGCACAUGUGGAAACAACCCCUGAGCAAAAAACCACAGUCGCAAAAGAUGCAGAACCACCCAAAACAGUCCCAAAGCCCAGUGAAGAUGAGGUGACCAACUUCUUUGGUAAAAUGUUCAAAAAGAAGAGUGAACCCGUGAAACCUGCAUUAGAAAGCAACGAUUCAGUUGACGCCCUCGUGGAUCUGAUAUUUGACUUGGUAAGUAGAAGUUGCAACGUUGUUCAUUUAUUAUUUACAUUUACCAAUUUCUCAUUCCAAAAGGAUAAAGUCUUCAUUAAUUCAGACCAAAAGGAGAUUCUUGAGGAAGUUGCGGAGAAGCUCAAAUUGCAAUUGGUCAACGCUAUUCCCGCGCAACCCAAAAGCCCAAGCUCACUGACAAAGAACAUCUCGAUGGAGUCAUCAAGCGCGAAUGUUGAAGACGUGACAUGCCUGGAGGUCCUACCAGAUCUGCACACUGAACAAGAACCAGUAGCUGUUGCUGAAGAACCACUAAGUGAAGAGCCAGUUACAAGAAAAGCCAGUGAAAUACAUGUAGGACAUCUGAAAUUUGAAGAACCACCAACGGCUGAUGCUAAGGUUCCAGAAGAUGAAGAACCUAAGACUGUGGAUGCUGAACAGGCCUUGUUAGAAGACAAGGAACUUCUUCAAAUGGUUGAAAGCAUAAUAUCAGAUGAAAGGGAACAAUUAGCAUGUGAGAACGUCCCAAUGUGUGAAGCUACCAAACAUCUGAUUGAUGAACCAAUUUCCAAAAAACUGAUGAAAGCAGAUGAAGAGAGUUGGGUGAUUAUUGAGGAACCAGCUCGACCCCCGAACGUCUCUGCCCAUAGUGGACGUUCAGAAGAAUGUAAAUGUAAUUCGGCAGAAUCUACUCAAAUUCUUUCCCAACUCAAGUCCAUUUGCACUAAGGCUUUAGAAGACUCUUCCUAUAAGCCGUUCAGUGUAGAUGUAUGUGCUGAUGAAAGCAUUAUUCACAUCACAAUUGAGGUUUGCCCGGAUGAGUUCACAUGUCUGAAUAAGGAUCCAGUGGACAUAAAGACCAGCACACAGCCUGAGCCAGAGCCGGAGCCGGAGGGUGAAACUCUCGAACCCAGUCCUGUGGAAGUCACAGAAGAAAACAAUCCAUCAGAGGACAUUAAAGCAGCAGAAAAGACAGUUAUGAACUUUUUCAAAACAUUUGUCACUCCGACCAAAACAAGCAAAGAAGCCAAAGCCACUCCUGAUGCUUCAAAAGAACAGUCACAGAAAGAGACUCCACCGGCACCGUCAACAAAUGCACAGGAAACACCCAAGGCACCUCCUCCUCCUCCUCCCCCAGCUCCACCUAAGAUGGAGAGUAAAGCAGAGCCGGUGGUGAAGAAAGAGGAAACGUCUGCAACCAAAGCAGCGGCAGCAGCUUCAACAAAAGCAGAGGGCUCUGCCAAGACCAAAACUAAAGACAGCUCAUUCAGCAAACUCUUCCGUCCAAAGGUGUUGCUAGGCAAGGUGGUGUCAAAAGUUCAGGCGGCGACCUCCAGUGGAGCCAGUGCUAAGACAUCAAGAGUGCCUGUUGUGGUUGAAGAGAAAAAGCCGGUUGAGGUACAGGUAGACGCAUCUAAGAGCAGCACCCUUGAGGCUUCUGCCAAACCCGAAGAACCUCCAGCACCAAAACCAGAAGAAAAGAAACAAGAGAAAAAAUCCACUUUUGGAAAGAUGUUCAAACCCAAGGUACUGCUAGGCCAAGUGAGCACUAGGAUCCAGGCAGCCGCGUCCAGCGCUGCCGCCAGCAUCUCCCUCAUGUCUGCUAGAUCGGCACCAGAGGCCAAGAAGGAGACUCCAGCUCCUCCUCCUGUGGCAGAAGCUGCUCCAGUCGUGAAGGCCAAAGAGGAGCCCAAACCUCCCGUCCCAGCACCACAAACGGCCCCGGACAACAAAUCCAUCGGGAGCACAGAUAACUCCUCGCCCAACAUGCCUCGAAAGCUGGAGAAGAGGAAUUCCCUCCAGCUGUUCUUCAAAAACCUGGGCCAAAAACGCCAGUCUGAUGCCGGAGUGCAAACGGACCCUGUGGCACCCGAGAAGUCCAAAUAAAGCCCCGUCUUUGUUUUGAUCGCUCAUCUUUGUCAAAACCAUUUGCCACCAUGUAUGCAUAUUUAAUAGGCCCCGGGUUCGUUUAUUUGGGUAUGAGGUUUACUCUAAAUCUGAAAUUAUCCCCAAUCCCCAUCUAUUUAGUGAGAGCGGAAGUAAGUGAUAUUCCCUGUUAAGCAAGUGCUACAUGUGUUUUUGACUGGAGGGAGGAACUUCUAUUGCUUUCCCACAGAAAGACGUUGUCAGAGUUGCGUGAUGUGGCAUAAGAUGGAAAAGUGAAAGUGAAAAUGUAAUCCUACAUUUAAUACGAACUCCAUUUUCUUUAUUUUCUGUGCAUGUUAAAAUGUAACGGUAUGUUAAAAAAAAUGUAACUAACACUACUCAUCUUACGUUGCAUUGCGCAUUAAAACGUCAAAGCAAGCAUGCGAGUUUCCACAUGAAAAGUAUUUAUUUAUGUAAUCAUACACUAUCUGAUUGUAAAAACAACGACCCGUCGUCUGCUUGAUUCAAUCAGCGUUCUCACUGAAACCUAUAAUGAAUUAAAAUGCAAAACUUCUGAAUCGCUUUAGGCCCUGUCCCAAAUGGCACACUUCAUAUGCACUACGGUCUAGUAGACUUACAACAGUAGGGUCUGUGUGCGUCCCACAGUACUACAAAC